AUGGCAUUGGAGUACUCAUCUUUAUCUGCCAUUGCUAUACCAGGAUUUGCGAAUAGAUCAAACGCAAGCAGUUCCAAUGCUAAUUUGUCAUGUAACAGAGGUUUGAUCUUACUAUUCUAUCUGGUAUUUUAUGGCUUCCUAGCAGCACUCUUCACAUUCACAAUGUGGGUUAUGCUUCAGACAUUGAGCAGUGAUAUACCAAAAUAUCGUGACCGGAUUUCUAGUCCAGGACUUAUGAUUUCACCAAAGCCAGACACUGCAUUGGAAUUUUACUUUAACAAGAGUGACGCCCAGUCGUAUGCAGAAUAUGUUUCUACUCUUAGAAAAUUUCUUGAAUCAUAUGAUGAUUCAAAGCAAUCCCAAAACAUAAACUGUACACCAGGAAGGAUUUUUGAUCAGAAUGAUGUUGCUGUUAAAAAGGCGUGUCGAUUUAACCUCUCUGAGCUUGGACAAUGCUCUGGAAAGGAAGAUAAGACCUUUGGCUAUUCUAAAGGAACUCCUUGCGUGCUUGUGAAAAUGAACAGAAUAAUUGGAUUAAAGCCUGAAGGGGAACCACGUAUACAUUGUACAUCUAAGGAAGAAGGCAUGGUUGAGAUAAAUUAUUUUCCUUCUGAAGGCUUGAUUGACUUAAUGUACUUCCCAUACUACGGGAAAAGCUUGCAUGCUCACUAUUUACAGCCUCUAGUGGCUGUUCAACUAGCAAUUAACUCCAACAGUACCAAAGAAGAAAUAGCAAUUGAGUGUAAGAUCCUGGGCUCACCUAAUUUAAAAAAUGAAGAUGAUCGUGACAAGUUUCUGGGACGAAUUGCCUUCAAAGUUCAGAUGACUGAAUAGCAGGAGUAAAAAAUUCUCCACAAAGUAAACAUUGUGUUGUCUGUUUUGUAUCAGCUGGACAUGCCAUUCUAGAAUAUGAGACCACCUUGGAGAAUGUUAAGGUGGUUUAUGGCGUUCAGGGUAGCAUAAUAAUAUGCUUCCAAAUCGUAUGUUUAAAAUCCCUCAAAAUAAAUGCCUAUCCUGCUUCUGCCUGCCCCAUUGGAACAGUGUACAGACUAUAGUUGUGUCAUAGGGACCUGUAAAUAGCUGUUUUCAAACACAUAAUAAUGGUGACCUUUGUCCUGUUCUAAAAUGUGGUUUUAUCCCCCAAGUGAGUGUCUCAAGCUUAAUGUGCUGUGCUAUGUAAAUAUUGUAUUGAUUUAACACUGGUUUAACUGUCAUAUCUCAAUGCUGACACAGUUAUAGGGAUAAAUAAUAAAUGGUACCUGAUUGACAUAGUGAUUUUUUUGUAAGAGUAAACACCUCCAACGCAAAUUGUGUGCAUGGGAGUGGGUGGGUGGAUGGAUGGAUGGCUGUCUGUAUGGAGAUGCCUUAAAUUGUAGACUGAGUGGCAUGGGAGAAUUGAAAUAGCAUUUAAGAGUUGGUAUGGAUUUCUGAAAGUAAGUGCUCAACUAGUACUUUCUUGUGCUUGUCACUGUGCAAGUAUUGUGUACAUGUAAUACUUGGUAUAGAGUUUGGUAUUCUAGCUGAGGAAUUGAAUCUUUCUUCGUGUUGUUAAUUGCUUGCGAUAUGUGGAGCACAAAUAAAAUCUAUACAAUAUUUUAAAACUUUUUAGUUCAGAAAUAUCAAUAUAAAACAAUUUAAAUUGUUUAGGGUCCUGUUAACAGUCGUACAACAGAGUUGCUUGAAAGAAACGGCCUCACUAUCGUGGGAAUAGGCUUUCAUUUUCCAAUUAAAAAAUUGCCUGAACAACCUCUGUUGAA